CUUUUAUUAUUAUUAUUAUUAUUAUUUUCCAUAAUUCUUAUUCCUUUCCUCGUGAGCCGCACGCUUACUCUCAGACUCCCAGAUGUCUGUAGACACACACAAAUAUAUAUAUAUUGAUAUGUGGAGGACAAAGAUGAGAAAAAAGCGAAGUUGAAGAGGAAGACGAACGAAGACGAAGGAGAGAGAAAAAAAGCCCUAAGGAAUUCGAAGCGACAAUGGAGGAAGCGAGAGCGAACGGCCCCAAUGGCGAGCUUCCGCGUCCGGUUGUGGAAGGUCCGACCAACCCCAUGGUGACGCCUCUGCUCACGGAUCUCUACCAGUUCACCAUGGCUUACGCUUAUUGGAAAGCCGGCAAGCAUAACGAACGUGCCGUAUUUGAUUUGUAUUUUCGGAAGAAUCCCUUUGGUGGUGAAUAUACAGUCUUUGCUGGUUUAGAGGAGUGCAUAAAAUUCAUCGCUAAUUUUAGGUUAACAGAAGAGGAGAUUUCCUUUGUCCGUCAAUCUUUACCUUCUUCAUGUGAGGAUGGCUUCUACAAUUAUCUUAGAGGUAUCGACUGUACUGAUGUUGAAGUGUAUGCUAUCUCAGAGGGAUCAGCUGUUUUUCCAAAGGUACCACUGGUGAGAGUGGAAGGACCAGUUGCUGUGGUUCAAUUGUUGGAAACUCCAUUUUUGAACCUAAUUAAUUAUGCAUCAUUAGUUGCUACAAAUGCUGCAAGACACCGGUUUGUUGCUGGGAAAUCAAAACUUUUACUUGAGUUUGGGCUUCGACGAGCACAGGGGCCUGAUGGUGGAAUAGGGGCAUCGAAGUACUGCUAUCUUGGAGGAUUUGAUGCAACAAGUAAUGUAGCAGCUGGGAAGUUAUUUGGGAUACCACUUCGUGGAACACAUUCUCAUGCUUUUGUUAGCUCAUUUAUGAGCCCUGAUGAGAUCGUUGGUAAAUCACUUCAUAGCAGUGAUGGUUCAACUACUUGUGAGGAUUUUGUUAGCCUGGUUCAGACUUGGUUAAGCAAAAUUCAGUGGUCAAAUUCGCUAAAUGGAACUUUUGGUGAGACCAAUCAAAGCGAGCUAGCAGCUUUUAUGUCAUAUGCAUUGGCAUUCCCUAAUAACUUUCUAGCUCUUGUAGACACUUAUGAUGUUAUGAGGAGUGGCAUUCCAAACUUUUGUGCCGUUGCUUUAGCACUCAAUGAUCUGGGCUACAAAGCAGUAGGCAUCAGAUUAGAUUCCGGUGAUCUAGCAUAUCUGUCUUGUGAGACUCGGAAAUUUUUCCGUGCCAUUGAGAAAGAAUUUGGAGUAUCUGAGUUUGGAAAAAUGGGUAUUACUGCUAGUAAUGACCUUAAUGAGGAAACCUUGGAUGCUUUAAAUAAACAGGGGCAUGAGGUUGAUGCGUUUGGAAUUGGAACUAAUGUGGUCACAUGCUAUUCUCAAGCUGCCUUAGGUUGUGUUUUCAAGCUUGUGGAAAUAAAUGAACAACCUCGCAUCAAGCUCUCGGAAGAUGUUUCAAAGGUGUCUAUUCCUUGUAAAAAACGGAGCUACAGAUUGUACGGGAAAGAAGGUUAUCCUUUGGUAGACAUAAUGACAGGAGAAAAUGAGCCACCUCCAAAGGUAGGAGAAAGAAUCUUGUGUCGUCACCCUUUUAAUGAAUCCAAAAGAGCAUAUGUGGUGCCUCAACGUGUUGAGGAGCUUCUCAAAUGUUAUUGGCCUGGGAAUUGUUCAGAUCACAAAAGAGAAGACUUGCCAUCUCUUAAGGAAAUCAGGCAGCGUUGCAUCAAUCAGCUCGAACAAAUGCGGCCUGACCACAUGAGGAGACUCAAUCCAACGCCAUACAAGGUGAGUGUAAGUGCUAAAUUGUACGACUUCAUUCAUUUCCUAUGGCUCAAUGAAGCUCCGGUAGGAGAAUUGCAGUGAAAGGGUGGCUUGAAGUGUAAAUUUGCAGUUCUAGCAAUGGUAAAAAGGAAAGUUGAUUCGCUCGUCUGAUAGGGAGAAUAUAUACAUGUCCAACGUAGCUAAGAAUAAUUGAUUGUUUUUUCGUUAAUAAUAUAGUUACUGCUCUGUCAUCUUUCUUAUGUCGUUUUUGCUGAUCUUAUGUACACUUGUAUGGGAAGUGAAUAAAUAAAUAAUGCAAAGAAUGAAAUUCA